UCGGCGACCUGGUACGAGUAGGAAGAGACAAAUCUGCCUCGGUGAAUGAAGCGUUUUUCAUCGAAUAAAGGCAAAUUAACGCGUUUGCUUCGCUGAGAGUCUGGUCUCUAGUCUCUUUCCACCUCCCAUCCCAUUUUCUCCCUAUCAUCUUAAAGCAGCGUCGCCAGCUAGUGGCGCACAUUUCCCGUUUUCCGUGCGCGUAGAAAAGUGCGAGGCGCGCACACCAACACCACACAGCACUGCAUGAGCCGCGCACAGGUGUUGGACGAACCAUGUCUACGCUGCUGGAGCUGAAGAGCAGUGUGCUGAGGCAGGUGCAGAGGAGCCAGUCCCUCAGGAGCAGAAGAGAUCCUCCACCUGCCAGCGCCAGCCCGCAGACCCUCCCACACAAAGCAGAGCGCGUCGCCUUCGGGGUUGCCAAGGGGAAUGGAGAGUUCUUUGAGCGAAUGAAUAAAAUUGUCCAGAAGCAAGACAGUCUCUUGGCUUCCACUCAAGCUGAGGAGGAGAUUAUUGCAGGUCCGCCGCCACCAGAAUGUACAGAGCAGCUGCUUGUUCCUGAAAAAAGUACAAGGAAUGAACUUGAUUUAUUGUACGAGGAGACGGUGUACACCAUGGUCAAUCGGGUCGGAGUGCCGUCACCCGAGUACGUGACUAACGAAGAGGAUUUGUUCAGCUACCUGCAGAAGGUGUUUGAUAUGAGCCAAGAGGAGCAUGAAAUCAUUCUCCAGAGAGUGAAGGAGUCUAAGAGACCAGGCUUCUCUCUAAGGGUUUCUGUCAUGAAAGGCAAGAAUCUCAUGGCGAAAGAUGCCAACGGUUACAGUGACCCCUAUUGCAUGCUGGGUAUUCUUGUGGGACAAAGCCCACGAGAGACAGAGGAGAGAAAAGAGAGGAAGUUCAGCUUCCGUAAGAGGAAGGAGAAGUUAGAGAAGCGUUCCAGCGUCAAGGAAGUGCUGGCUGCCAGAGACAUCCAAGUGACCGAAGUCAAACCCGAGACACUCAACCCUGUGUGGAACGAGCAUUUUGUUUUUGACAUUGAUGAUGUUCAGAAUGAUCUUCUGCACCUGGAUAUAUGGGAUCAUGACGAUGACGUGUCCGUGGCUGAAGCGUGCCGUAAGCUGAAUGAGAUCAGUGGAUUCAGAGGAAUGGGCAGAUACUUCAAGCAAAUUGCCAAAUCUGUAAGAGCCAACGGAACGUCAGCGUCAGGGAGCGAAGAGAAUGCAGACGACUUCCUCGGAUGCCUGAACAUCCCGCUAAGUGAGGUCCCAGUUAUUGGCUAUGAUAAAUGGUUCAAGCUUGAGCCACGGUCCAGUGCAUCUAAAGUGCAGGGAGAAUGUCACCUCGUUUUAAGACUCUUCACCAACCAGAGAGACUCGGCUUUGAGCAAAGUGGCUUCAAACGUGAUCAUUCACCAGAAGUUGUUAAGUCAGAUUCUGGAGUAUGAGCACAAGCAAGUUCAGAAAGAACCCUAUAACUGGAAUGGACAGGUGAGCCCAGCUGCAUGGACUGUACUCUCCCAUCAUGCCGUGCAGGCUGAUCUGACUCCACUGCAACAGGCCGUCAUUCGCUGGUACUGCUACAGUAGCCAUCACCGCUCUCAGAGGAUGUGUUACGCGCUGCUGCUCAGGCUGCUGAGGGCCGUGGAGGCCGAGUGGGAGGCUAGAGAUGUGAAUAAGGAGCUGGAGAACCUCCUCGCUGAGAGCUUUAAACUCUACUGUGAUUACUGCCUGGGUCUUAUAAAGAGCAUGAGGCAUGUGUUCCCAUGCUCCAACCCUGCUGCUAUCACACGAUGUGAGAUAAUGCUGAGGACUGUGGGACAGGUGCAGCUGAUGCAGGCAUUUAAAGCGGUUUGUCCUGACCGCAAUGAGCUACACCUGGAAAUAGCGACUGUCAUAAAGAAAGGCACAGUGGAAUGGUACGAGGCCACGAUUUCACACUUCAAACCAGAUGAAGGGACUGUGGAGGAGCAGCUGAAGAGACUGGUGCUGGUGGUGGACGCCGUGUGUGUCGAUGUUCAACGAGGACAGAUCGUCUACAACAAGCUCUUUCAUGACUCGGUGAAGGUGGACUUCUUCAGCAUCUCCUAUCGGCAGUUAGAGAAGCUGGUGGCUGAUGACGUGAGCGUCGCGAUGGAGCGCGUUUGCGGCACUCUGGAACAGGAGAAUUAUCGGCUCUCCCAGACAAUGGGGGAAACCUUGUUCGAAGUCUUCAUAUCUUUGAAGACCCUCAAACGAUUCAGAGAGUUUCUGCCUUUCAGAGACACUAAGAUGCUGGCACUAACGGGUUUUCACAAUUGGUUCAAAUCCUCCAUUCAUAAAUGGCUGCAGAUUGUGCACGAGAAAUCUAUUGACAGGAUUCGCAAGGCUGUGGAGAUGGACCAGUUCGAGCCUGUCCAGCAGCACGCCAAACACAGUGUGUCAGCAGUGGAUGUCACCACAUGCUUCACCCAGGUGCAAGAGUUUUGGACCCAGCUGGCAUGGCCCGACUCAGCAGGGGCAUUCAUCUUCAUCACUCGCUUGACUGAUAAUUUGUGCAGCGAGGCGGUGUGCUAUGCAGAGCUCCUGAAGCGCAAAAUUGAGAGGAACCAGCUGGGUCAGGACCACCGGACCUUCAUCAUGCAGCUCUCUGUGGCACUUAACAACACAGAACAUGUGCGCACGUAUCUGUCCAGCUUGCCACGCGAGCUGGACUGGAGGGUUGUGGAGCAGGCUAUGGAGGAGUCAUGUGGAGCUGAAGGCAAGGAACAGGUGAACAAGGCUUUAAAUGGCCAGCUGUACAAUGCUGACCUGGAUCUGCAGAGAGAGGCUAAAAGGCUAAUCAUACACCUCACUGAUAAGAUGCUUCCUGAGCUUAGAAGAUACAUUCAGCAUAUCAGCCUCUCUCCAGACACCAUUAACAACGAUGAUGCCGUAUCUCCACUGAUGAAAUUCCUAGAUUCCACCUUAGUCAUUCUCAGUGAUUCAUUGGUGAAGGAGAACCUGACAAGGGUUCUCUGGAGCCUCUGGGAACUACUGCUGAGGAUGAUCCUGGACUCAGUGGCAGAAAACAGAGGUGUCCAGGUCGAGUUCUACACACGGUUCCAGUACACUAUAGAGACGUUGGUGCGGUUCUUCCAUGCUAAUGGUGAUGGGCUGCUUUUGGAGGACCUCAAAUCUGGUGACUACAAGGUCUUAGAGGAAGAGCUGCGACUGAACAAGUGCACCUCCUUCGAGCUGAUCGAGCAAUACUUCCUAGAGAAGAUAUCACAGCAGCGAAUCUUAAAGCACAGUCGUUUUGGGCGCAUUAGUGUUAAAUGUUACUACGAUGCUCCCGAACAAAGACUCACCGUGGAGAUACUGCAUGCGGCCGAUCUCAUUGCCCUGGAUGCUAAUGGUCUAAGUGAUCCAUUUGUCAUAGUGGAGCUCUGCCCUCAUCACCUCUUCCCUAACUCCAGGAGUCAACGCACACAAGUGAAGCUCAAAACUCUGCACCCGGUUUUUGAUGAGCUCUUUUACUUUCAUGUAAGCCCUGAGCAGUAUAGACACAGGUGUGCUUGCCUCACCUUCACUGUGAUGGAUUAUGACUGGCUAUCAACCAAUGAUUUUGCUGGGGAAGCAGUGGCCCCCCUGAGUGACUUCUGCUGGCCAGGCCGACCCAGCGCCACUGCUGCAGGAAAAACUCUGCAGCCUGUUAUCCUGCAUCUGUCUCGCCAGAAACCGAGCGAGAAACCAAUUAUGAAGAUGCUAGAGGCAAGGACAGGGGACAGAGAAGCUCAAGAGUUUGUGCGAAAGCUGAAGGAGAUCGAGAAGUCAAUGGAGGAGGAGUAAUUUUUCAUCGGUGGUUUACAAUAUUGCCAACUAUGUGCUUUUAUACCUGUUGUACUAUGUUUGCUAUUUAAAAAGAAACUCUUUUAAAUGUGUAUUUUUAACUGUUGUUCAAAAAAAAAUCUAUAUAAGUGAGCUAUAUGAAAAUGUUUAAAGAUCGGUAUUUUGUCGCUUGUUCAGCACUUUGUGUGCUGUGUUUUAAUGUAUUUGGCUCACCAAAGGAGCUCGUGAGAAUUACAUUCAUUUAACAAUAGUAUAUUUUUAAGUAUGUUUAGAUGGUAGGCUGUCAAAUUAGAUUUUAAAAGUUAUUAAAAAUAUAGUUUUCUGUGACUUGAAGUUUUGAGAUAUUCCGAGAUGUUUACGACUAACGCUCAACCGACAUAAAAAGAUUAUUCACCGUUAACGUCUUUCUGGUACUUUUAAGGUCAGCGAGAGGGUCUGUGUUAUGAAGGGUAAAAAAAACUCUUUGUGAGAAAAAUGCUUUCACAAAUCUGUUUAAAAAAACUGUGAACUGUGAACAUUUGUUCUGGACUCACACUGGACUAUGUUGACAAUUUUACUGUAGCAUUUUUGUGAGAUCUUGUCUUUCCUAAAGAAUGUUUAUUUAUGCUAAGUGGUUCUUCAGUGUACUGGUGUUAAUGUUCAGAUGGUUUUUUGUCAUCGUUGCACAUUGAGCAGAGACAAUGGUGUCAGCUGAGUUUACAAAAAAAUUCGAAGGGCUUCAAAUUUUACAGAGUUCGAAGAGGUUUCCGUUCGCUUUUUGGAAUUUUUAGAAAGGCAGACCUAUAGUUAGGGGUGACUAGGUUUAGCUGGAAUAUAUUUACUAUUUGAACAACAGUCCAUUUGCUUGACUGAUUUAUUGAUUGAGAAAGUGGGACUUUUAAUUCAUGGAGCAUAUUUCGAGCUACACCUUGAAAAUUUGAGUUGUACUUCCGAUUUUCCAGACCACAGCAUUUUUCUGUGGCUCCAUAGUAGUAUUCCCAUUUGCCCCUUUCUGUUCUGAGUACAAAGAACAAAGUCGUGUCCACUUUGCCCCUUUAUCCCUGUUGUUUGUGUCAUUGUAUUGGAGCUCCGGCACUGCGGGUGCAGAUUUGAUAUAAAGGUUAUUAGAGUGAAACUGAAGGAGCCGGAAGGACUGUUUGUGAAAUACACCAUGCUAAUGGUGAAUGUGGGUGAAUCCAGUUGUUUUUGAUUUCUAAUUAAAUUGCCAGAAAUGCAGGUGAAAUAGGUUCAGAAUCAUCAAGGCAAAUCUAACCAAGCAACCAAGUGCAAACAUGUGCAAGCAUGUGAAUUAUAGUAGUUUAUUGGGAUCGUCUGUCCAUGCAGAUGAUAAGACAAACUGUGUCACCUCCCACUGGCACCUAAAAAACCCAGCAGGCAUCAGAUCACGCUGUCUAAAAUACAAGCUGAACGUUCCGAGGCUCCAGGCUACCCUUGGACAUCUUGGUAAAUUCUGUUUAUUGACUCUAUAGUUCAUUAUACCAAUUUAGUUCAGUGAUUUUUCAGCUCGAUCAUGCUGCCCAACAGUCAUGGAGCAUUAUAAUGUGCACUGAACUCUAAGGUGUUGGGCUACCGAUCGGAAGGUUGUGAGUUCAAUCCCAGGUCGACCAAGCUGCCACCCUUGGGCCACUGAGCAAGGCCCUUAACCCUCAAUUGCUCAGUUGUAUAAAAAAAUGAGAUAAUGUAAGUUUCUCUGGAUAAGGGUGUGUGACAAAUGCUGUAAAUGAGUAUAAACUCUAAAAAAAAAUAAGUGGAUAAGUGGACACUUACCUCAAUAUAUUUGUGAGGCAGAGAUAUGAAUCUCUACUAUAUGCAUUUGUAUGCUCACUAGUUACCAGUAUUAACACUCUAAGCAUACAUUUUCUCCUCCUCAAUGGAGGACAGAAUCAGCAUUUUGAGCAUUUGUUAAAAUUCUAAGUUACGAAUAAUAGCUGUGGUUUUAUGGCUGGCCUUCUGAUUCACAGGGAAUGUGCAGAGGUAAUGAUGUAGCAGGGACCUUCAUAAACUACCCUAGUGGGGUCCUGGAGAGAUGGCUUUGCUGUUUGUACUCAUCGAAGAAAGGAGUAGAUGGGAAUUCCUCUCUAAACAUUCCAGCCCUGAUCGUAUAACCAUGAAUGUAAAAUUCUAAUCAUAUAGUUUGUUAUUUUAUCUUGAUAGCAGUAGCACAAUAUUGCCAAUGAAACUAUUUUAGGGAUUCUUUAAAACAAAUUGCACCACUACCCUGUACUUUUCACUCAAAAUACCAAACCUCUUGUUUUGUUUUUUAAUCUUACUGUACCUAAGCACACAAAGACACAAACAAGCCUGGAAGUCCACCACUGCUGUCAGCACCACUGCUUAACACGUUCUGUUGUACUUGAAACUGUCGGCACUGCACUGUGUCCUUUGUGAUUUGACUAAUGCUGUAAUGAUGUAUGUGUGCGCAAUGUGUGCGUGUAUUCAAUAAAAAGUAAAAAAAAAAAUUACAUGCUACAGCCGACAAGGCUUGAAGCGAAAUGUGUGGUGAAUAAAAAUGGGGAACGUUAUGAGGGCUCAGGUGGAGCUGGUAAGCUGCUUUUUUUGGUCAGCUCUGUCUUCUGUGGUGUACGGUCUCCCUCCAGGUCAGAACCUGAGA